UCUACUUAAUUUGUCACCUUGGAGGGUGCCACAGUUCCAAUGACACAGUUAGAGAUUAGGUUUGUGUGGUGUGAAAUAUUUCCUGGUGCAGAGGUCCGCAGUCCACCGUGCUAUAAAAGGUGCCAAGGAGCAUUGCAAUUCUAUAGUGUUGCUUUGCCUUCGAUAGGAAAGAGAUCACCUGUGAAAAACUACAAAAUGUUUAAAUACUUGGUAUUCGCUUGUAUUCUGGCCUUCGCUGCUGCCCGUCCCCAAAUAAUAACACCAAUCGUGGAAACUUACGAAGCAGCCCCAUUGUUCGCGAACGCCGUCCGGACUUACCCUCUGGCUGAAAUCGAGCAUCAACUACCCUAUUUUCCAGCAAAUGUUGUUUUUGCGAGUAAGCCCUUGGUAGAGAGGCUUCAAAUUGCUCUGAAGUAAGCAGUAAAGGUUCUUUCAAUAGUCAGGGAAUUAUAUUGAUCAAUUCGAUAAUGGAUUAAUAAAUAUUGAGGUCUGACUGUGAA